AUGGCUCCCGCUAUCACGAUUCAUCCCAAGACGGACGCCCAUCCUCUCGCGGAGGAUGAGGCCUACCAAGAACAUAAGCACCCCGAGAACAUGGACUAUGCAGCCAAAUCCAACAUAAGCGAUGUGGAAACGGCGACUGCCCACCUGCAGGAGAUUCACGCCUUGAAGCAAGGGCUAUACCAGCGACACAUCCAAAUGAUUGCACUGGCAGGGACUAUCGGUACCGGACUUUUCCUGAGCUCCGGUCGAGCGAUUGCUACGGCUGGUCCUCUAGGCGCAUUCCUUGCAUACAUCAUUAUCGGCCUGGCGGUUUCCAGUGUGAUCUUUGGCGUUGGAGAAAUGGGUGCCCUGGUUCCUCUCAACGGUGGUGUGAUACGAUACGCCGAGAUCUUCUGCGAUCCAGCGUUAGCGUUCGCCAAUGGAUGGAAUCAGGUUUACUCCUACAUUGUGUCGAUUCCCUCCGAAAUUGUCGCCGCAGCAGUGAUUGUCGAGUUCUGGGUGACGAUCAACAACGCCAUCUGGAUCACUGUGUUCGGACUCCUGAUGAUUGUCACUGCUCUCCUCUUCGUCCGGGUUUACGGAGAGCUGGAGUUCUUUUUCUCCAUGCUCAAAAUCAUGUUGAUUGUCGGCAUCAACAUCAUGGCCCUGGUUAUCACUUGCGGCGGAGGACCUAAUCAUACCGCAAUCGGCUUCAGCUACUGGCACAAUCCAGGGCCAAUGGUCCAAUAUCUGGGUAUCCCGGGGUCGUUGGGUCGGUUUCUAGGUUUUUGGAAAACGUUUGACAAUGCCCUGUAUGCGUAUUCGGGCAUUGAGAACAUCACGGUUGCCGCGGCGGAGACCCGAUCCCCGCGGAGGGCCAUACCCAUGGCGGCGAGGCGAAUUUUCAUUCGUAUUCUGGUGUUUUACGUUUUGACCAUCUUCAUGGUUGGGUUGGUCGUACCAUCCAAUGACCCUGACCUCCUCAACUCGACCGACACCGCAGCGCAGUCGCCGUUUGUCAUCGCCGCUCGACAAGCUGGCAUCAAGGUGGUUCCGUCUAUAAUCAACGCAGUUGUGUUGACAUCGGCAUGGUCUUCAGGGAACUCGAAUAUGCUUGGGGGCUCUCGAAUCUUGUACGGAAUGGCAGUCCAUGGGCACGCUCCGGCUAUUUUUCAGAGAAUCAGUCGCUUUGGAGUUCCAUAUGUCGCCGUAGGACUGUACGGUCUAUUUAUGGCGCUAGGAUACAUGACCCUCUCAAAUUCGGCCAGCACGGUUUUUACGUGGCUGCAGGAUAUUGUGUCAAUCUCCACCCUUGUGAACUGGAUCUGCAUUUGCGUCGUGUACCUGCGAUUCCUCCACGCUUGUUCGAAGCAAGGCAUCGACCGGCAUCGAGAGCUCCCAUGGGCAGCUCCUUUCCAACCAUACACCACGUGGGUAUCAUUGACGAUAUUCAUCAUAUUGUUCUUCACAGGUGGAUUCACCAUCUUCAUCCGAGGACAUUGGAGCACCGAGACCUUCAUUUCAUCGUAUCUCAACCUGCCGUUGAUCGUGGUCGUAUACUUUGGCUACAAAUUCACGAUGAAAACCCGAAUUUUACCUUUAGAUGAGGUACCCAUUCGCCCAUUCAUUGAGAGCUUUCGCAACAAUCCUGAGCCUGAGCCAAAGCCGAAGAGGGGGAUUCGAAGAUUGAACAUUCUGUGGUCUUGA